UACUCUCUCUCUCUCUCUCUCUCUCUCUCUAGACUUCCAACUCGCCAGAAAAUCAAUUCACCAACCAUUUUCUGGCAGUUCCAUUCCGUUCUUUCUUCUCCUCAAUCUUCUCUGUCUACCAUUUUCUGGAGCAAGCCUCGCCAAAAUAGCUAAAAACAGGGAUUUAGCUAACGGGUUGGAGUUGUUCUUAGCUGUACUUUGAUUUAAACUACGAAAAUGGGUUGUACUCUUCUGGGUUUUUUCGUAUUCCUACAUUGCCAACACCCCCUAAGUUUUUCCGGUAUCUUAUCUGACAAGAGUGUAAACAAAAUUUUACUACCCAGGAACUAAGCAGUUACCUGAGAAAAAAAACAGCACCGAAAGAGGCGGUAAAUAAUUAUUUUUCAUCAAUUUUCUGUUAAAGCCAAUCUGGGUUUUGUGAUUCACCUAUUUUCUCAUCUGUAUAUUUCUGAAAAUCAACUAAACCCCAUUUCACCAGAGAGAAAAUUCUCACAAGAAGCAAGCAAAAAUGAUCACACUCUCAGACAUGUACCAUGUCCUCACAGCUGUUGUUCCACUCUAUGUGGCCAUGAUCUUGGCCUAUGGUUCAGUGAAGUGGUGGAAAAUCUUCAGCCCAGACCAGUGUUCAGGCAUCAACAGGUUUGUUGCCCUCUUUGCAGUCCCUCUGCUUUCCUUCCACUUCAUCUCCUCCAACAACCCCUAUGCCAUGAACUACAAGUUCAUAGCAGCUGACACUCUCCAGAAAAUCAUAGUUCUUAUAGUUCUAGUCAUUUGGUCAAGAACCAGCUCUAGAGGCUGUCUUGAAUGGUCCAUAACUCUAUUUUCUCUCUCUACCCUACCCAACACUCUUGUCAUGGGCAUUCCUUUGUUAAAGGGCAUGUAUGGUGAAGCAUCAGGAACUCUAAUGGUGCAAAUAGUUGUGCUUCAAUGCAUUAUAUGGUACACUUUGAUGCUAUUCUUGUUUGAGUUCAGAGGAGCUAGGCUUCUCAUUUCAGAACAAUUUCCAGAUACUGCUGGGUCCAUAGUCUCAUUCAGGGUUGACUCUGAUAUCAUGUCUUUGGAUGGUAAAGAGCCAUUACAAACUGAGGCUGAGGUUGGUGAAGAUGGGAAGCUUCAUGUAACUGUGAGAAAAUCAACAAGUUCAAGGUCUGAAAUUUUGUCAAGGAGAUCCCAUGGGCCUAACUCUGGUGUUUCAUUAACACCAAGGCCAUCAAACUUGACCAAUGCAGAGAUUUACUCAGUGCAAUCAUCAAGAAACCCAACUCCAAGGGGUUCAAGCUUUAACCAUACUGAUUUCUGUUCAAUGAUAAAUGGAAAUAAUGCUAGUAAUGUGAGUCCAAGGCAAUCAAGUUAUGGGAACAAGGGUUUUGAUGAGGAGAAUGGGGUUGGUGGGUUUGGGAACCAUUCAAGGGGUAAUGGGGUGUUUGGGCAGGGGAAUUCAGGGUACCCUGCACCGCCGAAUGCCGGGAUAUUCUCUCCGCUAGCCGGUCCUGGGGCAAAGAAGGCGGCAAAUGGGACAGAGGGUGGCAAAGAACUUCACAUGUUUGUUUGGAGCUCAAGCGCUUCUCCAGAGACUGAAGGAGGGAUUCAUGUCUUCAGAGGAGGAGACUAUGGGAAUGAACUAGGGGUUGGAGCUCACCGAAAAGAUUAUGAUGAAUUAGGUCGAGAUGAGUUUAGUUUUGGAAACAAAGCGGUUCUUAAUGGGGCUGAUCGGGAAGGGCCUGCGCUUUCCAAGGCUGGUUCAAGUUCCACUGCUGAGCUCCACCCCAAGACUGGUGCUCAUGAAACCAAGCCGACUGCCAUGCCACCAGCUAGUGUGAUGACCAGACUCAUUCUGAUCAUGGUGUGGCGCAAACUCAUUAGGAAUCCAAACACUUACUCCAGCGUUUUUGGCCUUACCUGGUCACUGGUCUCAUUCAAGUGGGGGAUUGAAAUGCCUGCUAUAAUAGCAAAAUCGAUAUCUAUUCUUUCCGAUGCUGGUCUUGGAAUGGCUAUGUUUAGUCUUGGUUUGUUCAUGGCAUUACAGCCAAAAAUCAUAGCAUGCGGGAACUCAAUUGCUACCUUUGCCAUGGCUAUUCGAUUCGUCACAGGUCCUGCAGUCAUGGCUGCUGCUUCAAUUGCUGUUGGUCUACGCGGUGUGCUGUUGCACAUUGCAAUUGUUCAAGUAUAAGGAGUUCAAUGAUACUGAUAAAUUUGCGACUCCAAUAUUAAAGUACCUAUUCUGGUCUUACUUGUUUCGAGAAGUUGACAUACAUCGGUUUUUUUCAAUUUUCAGUCGGCUCUUCCUCAAGGAAUUGUUCCGUUUGUCUUUGCUAAGGAAUACAAUGUUCAUCCUGACAUACUAAGCACCGGGGUUAUAUUUGGGAUGUUGAUAGCCCUGCCAAUGACUCUAGUGUACUACAUCUUGCUGGGACUUUGAAGGUGAAGCAGGAAAAUUGUUACCGAGGCUAAACCUAGUAAUAACCACAGUUCUGACCCCUUUCACUAGUAUAGGUGUUUUUGGCUUCUAACAGGAGAACUGAGAAAUUCAGUUACAUAUAAUAGAGGCUAGAGAAGAGGGGAAGUGGAAGACAACCCUCUGCAAACAAGGCUAGUAGAGAGAAAAAUGAAUGACUUAUUUUGACUAGCAGCUACUAGAUAUUUUUGUUUUCUUGUUUUACCACUUUUUCUGAACCUUCUUUGGCAUUUGAUAGUGAAGCUUGUUUGUUGUUCAUAUUCUACAUUCCUCCUUUCUGAAUAAGUCAAAAACAUUUUAACCUAAGGGAACACUCCUUUGGGUUACUGUUUUUAAUUUUGAGUAAAUUAUACUCG